AUGCUGUCCUGUUCGGCUUUCAGACGGCCAGCCCAGCGCGCUGCCCGCAACCUCUCGGCCCCCUCUACUCGUGGCCUCGCUGCUCCUGCCUCGGGUUCCUUCGCCUUUGAGACCGGCUCCGCCAAUGGAGUCAAGUUCGCCAGCAGAGACAUGGCCGGUCCUAUGACCAAGCUCGCCAUUGUCUCCAAGGCCGGUACCCGCUACGAGCCCCUGCCCGGCCUCUCCCUGGGCCUCCAGAGCUUCGCCUUCAAGGGCACUUACAAGCGCUCCACUCUCCGCAUCCAGCGUGAGGCCGAGCUCAUGGGCUCUCAGACCUACUCCUCGCGCUCCCGCGAGAACCUCGUUGUUGGCGCAAAGUUCCUCAGAGACGACCUGCCUUACUUUGUCGAGCUCCUCGCCGAGGUCGCUACCCAGACCAAGUACGCCCCUCACGUCUACCACGAGGAGAUCUACCCCCAUAUCCAGCUCGCCCAGAAGGCUCUCCUCGGUGACGUUCUCGAGAUGGCCGUCAACUCUGCCCACGGCCUUGCCUUCCACCGCGGUCUCGGUGUUCCCACUUCGCCUUCUUCCUCUACCCCCAUGAGCAAGUACCUCGACGCCGAUGCCAUUGCCGACUUCGCCGACUCCGCCUACGCCGCCCCCAACUUCGCCAUUGUCGCCAACGGUGUUGAGUCUGGUGAGCUCUCCAAGUGGGUUGGUCAGUUCUUCAACAACGUUCCUUCGUCCGCCAGAGCCGAGAUCACCACCCCCAAGUCUCAGUACUUCGGUGGUGAGGAGCGCAUUGCCCACGGUUCCGGUAACGCCAUGGUUCUCGCUUUCCCCGGCUCAAGCACCCCCACUGGUGCCUCAUACAAGCCCGAGAUUGCCGUCCUUGCCGCUCUUCUCGGUGGCCAGUCCACCAUCAAGUGGUCUCCUGGUUUCUCUCUCCUUUCCAAGGCCUCUCACAAGUUCCAGGGCGCAAACGUCGAGACCAAGAGCGCCAUCUACUCGGACGCUGGUCUCCUCUCUGUCUCCAUCAAGGGCUCCGCCAAGGACGUCAAGGGUGCCGCUCAGGAGGUCGUCAACGCCCUCAAGCAGGUCGCCGAGGGUGUUUCCAAGGAGGACUUCACCAAAGCCAAGGCCGCCGCCAAGUUCAAGGAGCUUGAGUUCGGCCAGAACAUCGAUGCUGGUAUUGAGCUUACCGGUGCCGGACUCGUCCAGGGCAACAAGGCCUACCAAAUAGAUGAGGUCGCCAAGGGCAUUGACGCUGUUACUGAGGAGCAGCUCAAGGAGGCUGCCAAGUCCAUCUUCGAGAACAAGGCUACAGUGUCAUCGGUUGGUGACCUUUACGUGCUUCCUUACGCCGAGGAGCUUGGCCUCAAGGUGUAG